GCUUGGAUACAAUGUCACCUUGCAUGUUGACUCCAAAUUCCAAAGCUGUGAGGAGAGAAAAAUGUACGCUAAAUGGCACCUUGUUAAUGUUUCUCCACUGAGAGUAGUCGUGCCGCUCACCUCUCCUAAUUACAGGACCCCUAUUGGUCGGACGGAUGGCACGCUAGAGCCAAUCCCAGAGCGCCUACCAGCAUGCAGGGGCAGUUUGACAUGCCUUUUUGUUUUUAAUGAUCAAGGGGGUUCCUUUAAAAUGUUUGCCUUUCCGCCUGUCCCUUAGGUUAGAGAGCUCAGACAACCAGCAAGCCCCCCCUCAAGAAGCUCGAUCCAGAGAGCCGCUGGAUCCCGAGGUGAUCACAGAAGGCCUGAACUUCAGCCCCUUUGCAGGAAGCAUAUAAAACAGAAAAUGGCGCGUUCUGGAGGACCAUCACUUUUCCUGAUCCAUACAGGAUUCCUGUUAGCUAUCGUUUUACUUCCAGAGUUUCUGGGGGCCGUGCCGGUGGAGCAGCGCAGGGAGGAGGAAGUGACUGCAGUGUCUGACGAUGUGAAAGCCGAGGCCAUGGAGAACCUGAGGACUCUUGUUCGCAACAGAAGGAACAUCGUCCCCGUCAUGGCCCCAAUGGGCCAAAUACCCCAUUUCAAACGCAUGCCCGACUUCUGGGGAUGGUACAAGCUCUUCAUGAACAGCCACAACCAGGAGGGAGUUGAGGAUCUGGAUCGUCUGUACAUGAACUUCCUGCAGAACAAGCACAGGUCAGAGGAGGGCCCGAACUUCAACCACUACCUGAAGCACCUCAGUGAAAUCUACAAAACCUGUGCCGACUCCGAUGAUCCCGAGUGCAUCUCCGAGUCCACCAGCAAGCCCAAGGCCGCGCUGGUGAUGCCCGAGGCCAUCAAGACUGCCGAUGUCAGGAUGUGCAACCCUUACCUGGACCCCUACUGCCUCUUCCCCAUUGGCCCCAAGGCUGCUGCGCCCGCGCCUGCUCCGGUCAAACUGCCCGCCCCCAUCCUCACCCCCAUGCUGCCCAUGCCCAUGAAGAGCUCCACCGGCUUCUACUACUACGCCCCCGUCCUGGAGCCCUUCCUCAGCGAAGUGCAGAGGGCCGAGCUGCUGAGAAUCUGCAACUCUCAGGAUGUGGAGUGUCUGCAGUAUCACCUGAGAGCAGCCUAUGGCUACCGCCCGGCCGCUGGCCCCGCCCCAUCCUACGCCGCUCUCAACUGCGACCCCAAGGACCCGUACUGCAUGCCCCCCCUGGUCCAGAAAUCCCCCACCGGCUUCUACCACAUGCUGUACCCCCGCUGUGACCCAGCAGUGGAUCCUCUGUGUGUGACCGCCGCCCCGGCCCCUCUCGCUGCGGAGGAGGAACCCAAAGAGCAGCACUGCAACCCCCUGUUUGACGGCGGCUGCAACCCGCUGAGUGCCACCAAGCUGUCCGGACUCACCAGGCCCGUGUUGGAGUUCGCCCCCAAGGCAGCGGCUGCUUCUGGUCCCGCCCCUCUGUCCUGCGACCCUCGCUACGACCCGUACUGCAUCCUGGCCGCCGCCGCCGCCCUGCGCAGGCCCGCCCCGCAGAUGCCCGAGCACCAGGUCCGCUACAAGCUCGGGGUCGAAGGCAAGACCAAGGAUGGCCACGACUGCUACGUGCACUACGACAAAGACUGCACCCCCGUGAAGUAUGGCUCCGCGGCCAAGGCCAACAUCAAGGCUCCAGCCAAGCCUUUCUGCCAUCCCUUCGACCCAAACUGCGGCAAGUUUGCUGCAGGACCCUCGGCCGUUGAGGCCCCAAAGCCCAGCAAUGAUGGCAUCAUCCUGCCCGACCCCGACUGCGACCCUGAGAUGGACUUCAACUGCCGCCUGCGUCGCGCCCAGCCCGCUGCAGCCGCCGCUGAUGAGCCCGCGGCCGCCGACGAGCCCGUCAGAGAGGCCGCCAUGCCAAACUUUGAAGACUUCCUGCGGGGCGUCAUGAGCAAGCACCAGUAGAAAUAACAACAUCAAUGCCUUCUAGAUAAUCUACCUGGCAGAAAUGGAGCUCACUGUGUUGUCUUUAAUCUUUAUGGACUUCAUGAACCACCUUUCCCAGUAUCACCAGGUCCAUAACAAACUAUAAAAUAAAUCGGAAAAUAUUGCAGCUGAUUUUCACAGAAAAUCUGAACGCAUCUACAUUUUGGUCUGCUUUACAAAAGGGGAACAAUUCAAGAGGGCCAAGCAACAUAGAUCAUGUGAAACUUGUGUAUUAAAUACUUCAUGUAUGUAUGUUUGUAGAAAGAGUCGUAUGUAUAGAUGUUUGAUAGAUUAGGGGUAGUUACAUUUGUGUUAGUGGGCAAUAAUUUCUCUCUGCUGUACAUUCUCUGUUUCCAUUUGAGUUACCCUAUUUAAUGUUGUGUUUCACAUUGUUCUGUAACUCUAAACCUCGUAAUG